AUGGCGUACCUUGCACCGAUCCAUCGAGCUUCGAGCGUUCGACAUGCGAUCAAACUGUCCUUCCUCGGACCAGAUACUCAAGACUUGAUCGUAGCCAAAGCCAACCGACUAGAGAUCUGGUCCUCCAAUCCACAGUUUCCCGAUGAUCCUACAUUAUUCCUGCAGCAUACCAAAGCACUCUACGGCAAGGCGACAUUGCUACACAAGCUCAGACCGGCGACGAGUCCCACAGAUCAUCUAUUCGUAGGAACAGACCGGUACAACUACCUUACCCUCAGCUGGGAUGCCGAGCUUAAGGAGCUCAAGACCGAGAAGAGCUAUGUCGACAUUGCCGAGAAGGCAGCAAGAGACAGUCAGACUGGCGACAGAGUACACAUUGAUCCCACAUCACGAUUCAUGACUUUGGAAUGCUACGAGGGUGUCGUCAAUAUUCUGCCCAUUGCACACGCAGGAAAGGGCAAGCGGAAGGCGGCGGAUGAUGAGAUUGGUGAGCUCGCGGACCCUAUACAAGUGCGGAUACCAGAGUUGUUUGUGAGAAGUACUUGCUUCUUGCACAGAAGGCAGGCCGGCGCGAAGCAUGCGAAGCCAGCAUUUGCUCUGAUGUACGAGGACAGUCAGAAUAAGGUUCGGAUAAAGGUGCGAGAGUUGGAAUACGGGCAGUCACUAAGGCCGAGCGAAGAGCCUUCGACUGCAGAUUUGGACGAAGGCAAGGAAGUGUCUGGACAGCUGGAGCUUGGUGCCAGCCAUUUAAUACCACUUCCACCACCGAUGUAUGGCAUGCUGGUCGUGGGAGAGACCAGCAUUUCGUAUGUCGAGGAAUUCGAGCAUCAGGUCAAAGAGACGCAGCCAUUGGAAGAGGCCACAGUAUUCGUGGACUGGUGUCAGAUUGACGAUCAGAGAUAUGCACUUGCGGACGACUACGGCAAGCUUUAUCUUCUCAUGAUACAGCAGACCAGCAACGGCGAGUACUCCAGCCAUCAAAUCGACAUUCUCGGCGAGACAAGUCGAGCGAGCACCCUGGUCUACUUGGAUGAGGGCCGAGUCUUCGUUGGCAGCCACCAAGGAGACAGCCAGAUCAUCCAGAUCUUGCCACAGAAGAUUGAGGUUCUACAGACGUUCCCGAACAUCGCGCCCAUUUUGGACUUCGCAGUGAUGGAUAUGGGUAACAGAAGCUCCGAUGCGCCUGUCAAUGAAUUCUCUAGUGGUCAGGCGAGGAUUGUUACCGGCUCGGGCGCCUUCAAGGAUGGAAGUCUGCGAUCAGUGCGGUCUGGCGUUGGACUCGAAGAUCGAGGUGAUCUGGGAAGCCUGGACGCGCCCAUCUCCUCGCUCUUUGCUCUGCGGUCUCGACCUGCGCCUGCCGUGGUAAAUACACUUGUAGUGAGCUUUGUCUCGCAUACGAGGGUGUUCGUCUUCACCGCAGAAGGCGACGUGGAGGAACAGGAGCAAUAUCGGGGCUUCGAGCUCGGAGAGAGCACGCUUCACGCCGGGAACCUCGCAGACGGCAGAGUCAUUCAGAUCACCAAUUCCUCGGUGGUACUGGCUGAUCAGGAAGGUGAUAUGGUCACCGAUCGCUGGCAAUCACCCAGUGGCACCUCAAUCACGGCCGUCUCUGCGAAUGGAAACAACAUCCUCGUAUCUCUCAAGGGCGCGUCUCUGCUGGUGUUGGAUGUGUCGGGAUCUACUAUUAAGGUUCACGCACAACGCGAGUUUGGCAGUGAUGAACAGGUCUCAUGCAUUGCCCUGUCACCUUCAAUACCAACUCAGUGUGUUGCUGGCUUCUGGAAGGAUGGCAAAGUGGCAUUCCUGGACUUGGAGACAUUGAAGACCCAGGCAAGCGAGACAGUAACAGAGGAAGACUCCCUCGCGGUACCCCGAUCUCUCACCGUGGCCAAGAUACUCGAGGGGCAGCCUGCUACGCUGUUUGUCGGUCUCGCGGAUGGCAAUGUGGUCACAUACUCGAUCCAGUCGGCCAGCAAUCCCUUCACCGCGCGCAAGAGCAUCAUUCUCGGCACACAACAAGCAAAUUUUGCAGUACUGCCACGCGAUAAUGGUCUGGAGAAUGUAUUUGCCACAUGCGAGCAUCCAUCUUUGAUCUACGGCUCGGAGGGUAGAAUCGUCUUUUCCGCGGUCACUGCUGAGAAUGCUACGUGCAUUUGUUCGUUCGAUUCAUUCGAGCCAUACGGCAACGCCAUCGCCAUUGCGUCCAACGAUGAGCUCAAGAUCGCAGUCGUGGACGAAGAACGAACUACGCAUGUGCAAGAUCUGUUCCUCAAUCAGACUGUGCGACGCAUUGCAUACUCCGCGGACAUGAAAGCUUUCGGGCUAGGAUGUAUUCGACGAACACUUUCUGCUGGUCGAGAGGAAGUCGUGAGCUGCUUCAAGCUGGUGGAUGAGAUCGCGUUUAAGGAACUCGACUCUUACCAACUCAAUGAAGACGAGCUUGUGGAGUCUGUUAUUCGCUGCAAACUCGACGAUGGAUCAGGCGGCGAUGCCGAGCGCUUUGUCAUUGGAACAGCAUAUCUCGAUGACCAAGAUGCGAGCAAUGCGAAGGGCAGAAUCCUUGUCUUGGAAGUGACCGAGGACAGGAGGUUGAAGCUUGUGACAGAGAUCUCCGUCCGCGGAGCAUGUCGAUGCCUCGCGGUCUCGCACGGGCGAAUCGUUGCGGCUUUGAUCAAGACCGUCAUCAUCUAUUCUUUCGAGUACGAAACGCCCAGCUCACCGGCCAUGGUCAAGAAAGCAGCCUACCGCACUUCCACCGCACCCAUCGACAUGUGUGUCACCGGCGACAUAAUCGCAGUCACCGAUUUGAUGAAGUCAAUGUCCCUCGUGCAGCAUACUCUCGGCCAAGCCGGCGGGCCCGACAACCUGACCGAAGUCGCUCGCCAUUUCGAUACGCUGUGGGGAACAGCGGUGGCCAAUGUGGACGAGAACAUCUACCUCGAAUCCGAUGCCGAGGGCAAUCUCGUCGUUCUCGAACACGACGUCAAAGGAUUUAGCGAGGAGGAUCGCAGACGACUUCGUGUGACGUCGGAAAUUCUGCUCGGAGAAAUGGUCAACCGCAUUCGCCGGAUCGAUGUGUCGCCUACGCCCAACGCGACGGUCAUUCCUCGAGCUUUCCUCGCCACUGUCGAGGGAUCGAUCUAUCUCUUCGCGCUGAUCGCAGAGGGCAAGCAGGACUUGUUGAUUCGCAUGCAGAACAAGAUGGCGGAGAUGGUGCAGAGUCCGGGUCAUGUUCCGUUCGCCAAGUUCAGAGGUUUCAAGACGCAGGUCAGGGAUAUGGGAGAGGAGGGACCGAGUCGAUUUGUGGAUGGCGAACUGAUUGAGCGAUUCCUGGAUUGUGACGAGGAUGUGCAGGCGGAGGUUGCAAAGGAGCUGGGUGGAGACGUGGAGGAGUUGAAGAUCAUGGUUGAGGGGUUGAAGAGGAUUCAUUGA